AUGGCCAACCCCGGUGGUCCCGCUCCUGCGCCUCACAUGAUCUCGCGCCCAAAGAGAGCACCCACUGGAGAUGAAGAGGCCACAGCGAUCCUGCGUCUGGGAGAGUUCCAGCAAGUUCCAGCACUGAACUUGUCCGAAGCGCGUACCAUCAUCAACGCUGUCACCACACGCCGGCGCAACAUCAAGCAGAAGGUCUCUGAGUCCGAAACCCUCCUCAAGACCCAGGAAUACCUCGAGCUAUUCGCGCGCUUCAAGCAACAAGAACACGUCACUGCCGUCGAGCAGUUGCUCACAACUCGCACCGAGCUCGAGCGCUUUGAGCGCAGCCAGCUCGGAAGUCUGUGCCCUGACACUGCCGAAGAAGCAAAGACUCUUGUACCCUCGCUCGAAGGCAAGAUCUCCGAUGACGAUCUGCAGGAGCUGCUCGAUGAGAUGAUGAAGCUGAGAAACUUUGUGCAAUGA